AUGGCCGUUGUCGCCGUCACCAACGCCAGUAUUCUAGAUGACGACGACGGCGACGACGACGACGACGACGACGACGAAGAAACUGUUGAGGAGCUCGCUGGAGUAAACUUUCUAGAUCUUGAUCCUCUCGACAACACCAGGCAGAACCAAGAAGAGCACGCAAAGCAAUUUGAAGGUCUCGGGGCCAUCCGCGCUGUGCAGAAAAAGAUUCUCAAACUUGCCGACGAGGCAACGACUGCCACUGCAUCGGCUCCCAACACUUUGGGCAGCAACAUCACGCUCUCAGGUAUCAGCGUAGGGAGUGAUGGAACCUGA